AUGAAAGCACUUCUAGUAGCCUGGGCACUUGUUGCCCACCUGCUACUAAACACCAUCACCUGUCCAUCAUCGCUUGCCGAUGACAGCCUCUCCGGCGUCUACGACUUUCGAGUGCUCGACUCGAAGACGCUGCUCUUCAGCAACCCCUUCCGAGCGAACGCCCACCUGAAGAUCACCUUCAGGGGGGCAAACUUCAGCCACCUGGAGCACCACCGGCCGGGCACCUGGAACAGCUGGGAGCUGGUGAGCGGCGGUCUGAACUCCAGCCAGGCCAGUCCGGCGAGCAACACCGUGCGCAUCAACAACCAGACCAACUACGCCGGCCGGACCACCUACUACACCUUCCUCUGGGACCACCACCUGCACAACCUGCAUGCGAACCUCUCAUUUCCGGACCAGGAGAUCUGUUUUGAGAUUCAGGAGGGCGGCAACGAUAACGCCACCAGCUGGUUCAGCACCAGUCUGGAAAAGGGUGGUCAACCGUGGCCGUUUAAUCGAGGACCCGUCUUUGCCAAAGGUCCACAACCGCUGGUGACCGGAUCCGGAAAGGGAGACCACCCCUUCGGUCCGGUGGUGGAGAAGAUCUUCAUCAGCAGCGGCGGCUUUGCGUUGAACCUUGCCCAGCAGAGCUUUCCCACCAUUAUCACCCGAGAAGGUGGUGGUGGUGGUGGUGGUGGUAAUGGUAGUGGUAGUGGUCCACUUCAGCUGUGCUCCACGGUGCGACAGUUUAAAAGUGACCGCGAAAAUCCAACUCAUUUUGAAGCAGCAGGCUUUGAGCUGGUGGCCACGGAAGACAUCGUUAAGCUGCACAGGAGUCUCCUUAAUCACUACCACCUGCUCAGUGUGCCCUAUCCUCAUGGGGCAAUUCCCGGUGAGCUGAUGUUCAAUCGAACCGUCGUCAAUUUGAACGUCAAAAACCUGAAGCAGGCAGAGGUGAUUGAAAAGGUGAUCGCUCUGUCAAAAAGCGGCGGUUUUAAAAACCUUCAAGUAGUCCUCGAAGGCUGGGAAGCCCACCUGGGCGACUUCACCUUUGACCCGGCUCGCUUCCCAAACCCAAAGUCGAUGGUGGCGGACAUUCACAAACUCGGUUUUUUGGUGAAACUGACCGUCCACGGAGGGCUGGCAAGUACUUCGUCGGCCAGUUUCCGGCAGCAUCCGCAGUUCUUUCUCAGCCAGGAGAAGGACCACAAAAAAGCAUUUACCUUUGUUACCUCACAAAACGACACUGUGGCCGUCUUCGACUGGGUGGGCAACUACGCCGUGCGCAACUGGUUCGUCGACCACCUGCGAGUGCUUAUGAGGAAAUCGGAAAUCGCCGUCGACUCUUUUCGUUUCGUAGGCCUGGAUACGCAGUUUGGCGGGGGCGUUGAGGAUAAGCUGGUGUUGCCGCUAGAAAAGCACAUCUUCAAGCACAACUGGUACGGGAGUAAGCACUACGGAAACGUCUUCACGCAACGCCUUGUCUACAUGGCCGAUCUGCUGCACGAGCACGGCGGCAGCCUGCUGGAGAUUGACGCCGCCUAUCAGACGCAGUUUUUUCCCCUCUUUAUCCGAAUGAGGGACAUUCCUGCAGAGUGGUUAUCUCUUUCCGGUAUCAUCCCCCAGGCACUGACCCUGGGCCUGGCCGGGUACUCAUUUCCGCUUCCGCCCGUUUUCGCCAAGGGGCCGCCGCCCACCGAGGAGGAGCUGUACAUUCGCUGGCUGCAGCUGGUCACCUUCUUCCCCUCGAUGCAACUUUCACCAGGAAUUACCACUCUUUCUCCGAAGGCCGCCAAUCUAACGACCACCUUUCUGGCCCUGCACCUGGAGCACUCGCAGACGAUGGUGGCGCUUGCGAGGGCGUCUACCAAAGCGGGCGAGCCGUUAAUGCGGCCCCUCUGGUACCUGGCGCCCGCCGAUCCAAAGUCCUACCUAGUCGGUGACCAGUUUGCCCUUGGCAACGACCUCAUCGUGGCGCCCGUUCUGGUGCAGGGCGCCAGGGAGCGAUCGGUGUACCUGCCCAUCGGCACCUGGAAUGACCAGCACGGAAAGACGUACACCUGUACGGCGCCGACGGUGGUGAAGGUGCUGGCUCCGCUGGAGGAGCUGCCGUAUUUUAAGCGGAAAAUGUAG